GAGUUUCGGUGGCGUCGAUAAAGGAGCGACCGAGUCGAGGACGGAUGGACGGACGGUCAGUCAGUCGAUCGGUCGUUCUGGUCUCGCCUCUCGAUUCUCGCGAGUCAGUCUCCCUUUUACAAACGCAUAACUGCAAUAUGGCGGAACGUGCAUCCGCGCCGGCACCGAUCUGUCUCUCGCAGUGAUUCGCGCUGAUAUCCCCGAAGUCGUAAAAACGCGUGCGGAACGCACGCGACGCGUACGUACAGGUCGCGUUCAUACAGGCGAACGCACGUCGAUACACACACCACACACACACACACACACACACACACACAUACACAACACACACACGUACACACGCGCGCGCACACACACACACACACCACACCACACACAUACACACAUUACACAUAUAUAUCUCUCCCUUUCUAUAUCCCUCUAUUAUAUAUAUUCUCUCUCUCUCUUUCUCUCUUACUCGGAAGUUCUCCGGCCUCCGCGUAUCCCGCACUCCGGAUAUCUUGCGCUCUCGCGAGACACGCUCGGCGCCGACCUCGGAGUUAUUAUCGAUCCGCGUCCCGUGCCGGUGGCGAUGUGCCGCCGCGGAUGAUGGAGCUGACGCCGCAGGCCGCGUCCCCGCGACACGCUCGUCGCUGAAGGAAACAAGUGGAAGUGCAUCGCCCGACGACGCUCCGUGUCCGGUGUCGUCCGCCGUCCGGUCGCCGUCCGAGAGCGCAGCGGGUGCAGUAAGCGCCCGAGCAGGAGGUACGUAGACCAUGCCAGGGCCAGGGGCGGAGUGGUGACCUAGACCUCAUCCCGGCUCCGACCCUCGAUGCUUACGCUACGGCUGGUGUCGACUCACUUCCUGAAGCAGCCAUAGGCAGUGCCCUUUGCCUAAGAGAAAGGGCUCGAUGCGAUGUGCCGUGAUAGGGACAUGAACCCAGAACUACUAGUCGAAUUGCACGAUCUCCGCUCAACGGCGUUGUCGUCGCCGACGCCGUCGUCGUAAAUAAAAGCAAAAAAAAAAAAAGACGAGGACAAACACGGUUGUUCGAAAUUUUCACGCGCACGCAAGAAGGACUUUUCUUCUUCAUCGACGGCCCUUCUAUCUCUCUCUGCUGCGAGAAUUCACUCUCGCACAUAUAUAUAUAUAUAUAUACACACAUAUAUAUAUAUACAUACAUACAUACAUACAUACAUACAUACGUACAUACAUAAAUACAUACACACACACACACACACACGUCACACGCACUCCCCCCACGAGUCGUUCCUUGCCCUUCCAAUCACGAAGACAAAACGAGAGCGACUCCUCUUUUCGCGUUAUAUUCUGAGAUAAAUUAAAAUCUCGACGAACGGAACGGGCUACUCUUCUUACGUUAAGCGAGGAAGUGUGCAACACGGGUCUCGUGUUCGGUACUUGGUACUCGCGGUAUUCGACAUAAAUCCGUGAUCCGAGUCGCCGGAACUGGCCGGAUCGAAGGAGCACGAUCGUAACCCGGAAGAGACGUUAUCAGUACGUAUUCACGGCGAAUCCAGACGGAGGGAAGAAAGGAGAGAGGAGCAGGACGAGACACCUGCCACGUCGAGCUCAGUGUACUUCAACCUGUGGAGGGUCGCGAGAGAGUGCAUUUGCGGCAGCGGGUCGCGGUGCAGACAAAGUGGGAUGAGACGCCCUCAGCAAGAACAUCAUCAUCAUCACCAUCAUCAUGGAUCCUCAACAAGUCCCACGUGCUCUCGUCAAACACACGAUAAGUACUCGCAAAUACGCAAGGCCUAGGCGGCCUAACACAUCCACGUCGCUCGCGUUUCAGGACGAGUCUCGUCUCGCUCGCGUAAAGCGCGUCCUGGCGGGUUCGCUGUUGGGCCGCGGUGCUGGCUCCAGCAGGAUCUUCGGCACCCGGCUGGAGCUGAUCGAGUCGUACCUCGACACGGGCGUACCGUACGUGGUGCACCGGCUAUGCAGCUACAUCGAGGUGCACGGCUUCCAGAGCGCGGCGGUGUUCCGUCUGUCGGGCGGCAGUCCCCGGCUCGCGGAGCGGCUCAGGGCGGCUUUCGAGCGGCGGGGUGACGCCGAUCUGGAGGCAGCCGGGUGCCCGCCGACCGCCGCGACCCUACUUCGCCAAUAUCUGAAGGAAUUGCCGCAGCCGGUCGUGCCAUCCACCAUUGUCGGCAGACUGCUCAGCAUUCACACCCAAAACUACGCGAACGACCACGACUCGUGGAUCACCUCGACGAAGGAGCAGCUGUCGACGCUGCCGUCCUCGCAUUAUCGCCUGCUCGGCUAUCUGACGAUCUACCUUAGUCGAUACGAGGCGCGACAUGGGCGCAGCGCCGGAGUCUGCGGUGUUUUCGCACCUGUCAUCCUGCCCCAUGUGCCGCCCGCGACCACCCUUCUGCGCGACAUCCUUGCCGAGGCGCUGGUGCUGUUUCCUGACUGUAUCCGUGAGAAUACGGUGAACGGCUUGGUACCUGCCGGCGACUGCAAGAUCUGCAAGGAUACGAGAGACGAGCCAAAGGACUCCGAGGGUGUUUCCCUGCUCUGCGCACUGAAACCACGUAAGCGCAAGGAACGUCGCGAAUCCUGCUGCCAAGAACGGAAGCUAAUAAGGAGCAGCAGUGAGGAACGUGUUCUCGACAGUCCCACCGACGUUGCAGAUACGAUCAGACGUGUGAGCAGCCACGAAGAUUUCAAUAGUCAGGAACAUUUGCACAUUUUAUCGCAACUUGGUCAAGACAUGGGUCACGGCGUGAGAUGUAGUGGAUUACCGCUCCACGAGAGAACCAAUGUUUCGCCGGUGUCGAAAAAAUCAUCAUCGGUGCCGUCGCCGUGCGAGGUGGUUGUAGCGACUGAAAAAUAUGACUGCGACGCUGAAAGAUUGAGAAACAGCGAACGCUUCAGCAGAAGUAUCACCCCGAGAGGCAGAAGACAAGCACGUAGAAGAAGAGUGCAUAGAGUUCCGGAUAUUGAUCAGAGUUCCAGCAAGGAAAACGAAGAGUCUGAGAAUAUGUACAUUUCUAAUGUAUCACCGAAUCCCAAUAAUCAUAAUGGCUUACCAGCUCAAAGCUUUCUAGAGAUGUUAAGCAGCGGACCGAGCAGAUCACCUUCGCCAGCUCGUCCGCCUACUGUUGAUCACGAAGAUGUAAAUAAUCCCAGUUUGACGAAUUGGGGCUUUCAACAUUUGGAAGGAAACGAAGAAGCCGUGGAAGCUCGAGUGGAAGCUAUGCUCUCGCCGAGAAACUCGUUGUUGCUUCCUAGGAGAUUUUAUUCCGAGGAAGAAAUACAGUCGAACACGCUUAAUCCGUCAGAAAUGGGAUUGAAGAACCUUGCAAAGCACAUUAACGGCCUCAAGAAGAAGAUCAAGAAGUAUGAAGAAGAAUUUGAGGAGAACUUUGGAUAUCGACCGAGUCAUUCUGACAAAAUGAGUAAUCGCGACAUCAAACGGCUGUGUGUAGAGCUGAAUAAGUUACGAAAAGAACACAAGUUACUGAAGGAAGAUCCAAUAGGUGCGCUACUAGCCAACGCCAACAAUCGACUAAAUACCACCGGUAGUCCUAUAAACAACAACAAUGGCCACGAGAAAACUCGGGCGACGUCGAUAGAAGAGGUGGUCAAGGAGGCGGAGAAGAAACUCAGCGAAAAACGCAUCAAGUACAAUCGACCUGAUAACAUGGAAGAGCUCAAUUAUGAUCAGUUAAUGGACGAAAAGACGGCUGUGCAGAAGGCAUUACUCCAUAUUGAGAAUACUUUCGGUAGACCAGUAUCGAAGGAAGACAGAACAGUUGUACGGCCACUAUACGAUCGAUAUAGAACCUUAAAGAGACUGCUCAUCAGAGCGGGCGCGAGCAAAAACAAAGACAGUGUUUCGGAACUGGCCACGAUCUUGGAACACGAAACAAUGGAUUUUACGUCGUCUAGCUUACCGGGAAAUCCCGUAGAGACUGACAGAAGAGCUAGUGAACCUGAUAUGUCGCAUCGAGGUAUCUUGGACUGUAUCGAUCCCAUGGAUCAAUUGCCAACUGAUAGUGAUAGUCAGCAUAGCAGCAGUGAAGGUAGUCGUGGUGCUGGUGAAAUUCUGCACGCUCUUCCCCAAGAAGAAUUACUGAUACAACAACGAGCUACUCGAGAGGAAAAGAAACGGCUUCGCAGAGCGCUGAAGGAAUUAGAAGCACAGUUCGAAGCCCGAGCUGGACGUCGCAUGCAACGCGAGGAUCGUGGGCCGCAAGUCACCACUGUGUAUGAAUCCUACAAACAGGCUAAAGCAAAACUGAGACUGAUUGACGCUCUCAUAGCCAAGAAAGCUUGACGUAGUAUUUAAUUCACGAAUAAUGGCAACAUGCAACAACAUUGUUGAAACUUUUAAAUGAACUUUGAAUGCUGUCGCGCUACACAGACACAUUCAUCGCCGCAAUUUCUGUAUCGUGCGGUAUAUUAAUAAAAAAGGCCUGAAGAAGCAAUAUCUGCUGAAGCGAAGACUACUGCUAUAACGUAACAAGAAUUGAUCAUCCAGAAUCAAAAGAUUUUGAGAACAAAAACGUGAGAGUGGAUGCUUGCAAAUGUAGGAUUUACUUCACUUUUGUAAGAUCGUACAUACCGUAUGUGUAUCUUUUCAUGCGAUUUUCUUUUGAUCGCAGAUUUCAUUCAUGCGUUACAUCACUGUGGAAAUACCGGAUGUUUUCAAUGUUAAAAUAAUAAAUUUUUUUACAGUAUCGUUUUUGAUCAACAUAAUCGAUAUGUUGAAAAAGUGACGCAUAAACGGACAAUUUAUAGUGAGCAAUAGUAUAUCUACAGAAAAUAAAAGCAUGAUAGUACAUUUGAAUUUUUAAGCUCUAAUAAUUCUACAACGUAAAAUGGUUAUUACGAUGUGAUAUAUCGUAAUUGUUCGAUGAAAUAAUCGAGUAUCUUGUACACUGGUUCACUUUGUAUUUGAUGUGUUUGUUUGCAAUGGAAGAUUUCCAUUUGUCCUCCAUUCAUUUCAUUGCGUAUGCAUUAGAAUACAAACUGGAUGCUUAUUUUGAUAUAUUUACAAUUUAUAAAAUUGAUCAGUUAUAAAUAUAUAAAAAAUGUACUUAUAUUUUAUAUAUAUAUAUAUUAUAUUUGUUGCAAAGAUUUCUAAACUUGUUUGUACUUAAAGUGUCAAGUUUUAUAGCGAUUAACGCAAGAACAGAUAUCGAACAAACAAGACUCGACUUGUCACUUUAAUUGUUAAGACAAAUCAAGAUUUUUCCGGCAUAUAAGAACGUGUAUCGUACAAUUACGAGAUACGUAUCAGUAUAUUUAUUUCUCAGUCCGAUAUAUUUUAUUUUUGUAAUGUUUAUAUUUCGAAAGGUAUAAGAUUUAUUUUUUAUUUUAAGAAGAAUAUUUUGUUUAAUUUUACUAUAAUGCCGGUUGACUUCUUCUCACGCUGACGAUAAUUAUUGUAUUGAUAAGACUUAAAAGAGAAAUAGAGGAGAGAGAGAGCGGGUAUCCAUAUAAUGAUUAGCGUUUACAGUGGGCCCGAUAUUUAUUUUGUCACAUCUUAAAAUAAUUGCUGAAAUCUAACGCUGAAAGAGUAAAGAACGAAUCUGUGGGGUUACUCGUAAUGUAUAAGUACCUUGUAAGAGAUAUCACAUGUUGUAAUAUUGUAGAGUACUAUAAAAUGUUACGAUCUUAAUAAGCGUAUUAAAAGAGAAAGAAAGAAAAAGAAUAUUCAUUAAGAGAAGCUCGUUGAUUUUUGCGUUUAUAUUUUUGUACAAGUACGAUUUUAAGGCCGUUCGCAAUGUAUACACACACAACCGAUUAGGGACUACUAUCGUUAAAAACGCCUUAAAAUUCCACUUGGAUCGAUUUUUUCAUAAUAGAAUCUCGGGAAUCAAGGGUGCUAAUGGCUUGAGUUCUACCGUAUGCCGACUAAUACGAAAGAAAUGCUUUGCGAAUCUCACUGACGAUGAGUUGCAACCGCGCCGAAGAUUUUUUUUCUCAUUUUACCACGACACAGCAACGAAAUCAGCUACCGUUUCAGAAUCGGAAAUUCAUCAUUAUAAACAUGAGACACAAAAGCAGCGAUGGUUUUCAUUCUUUUGGCAUCAAGCAAGAAACGAAAAUCGACGAGGAAACUCGCCGAUUUCGCGUACCCGUGGGUAAAAUUAACUUUUUCGAAAAUAAUGAUACACUGGUGGCAGCGAAGCCAUUCGUGAACACACGUAUAUAUAAAUGCGAAAUACAUGUCCGUUCUAAUUAACAAAAAUGAGUAAGAAACAAGGAAAAGGAAAGAACAAGACAAUUUUUUAGACCAAAGCAUUUUUUAGUCUGUGAUAUAAUGAGAGAUAUAUUUGCGUUAAGAUGAAAGAAUGUGUAUGUGGAGUACUUGGUUCCGUUUCUGUUUCCUUCUUCUUUUUGUGAAAACAAUUUUGGAAAAGAUCGAGAUAAAAAGGGAUGAUUUUUUCGCCAUUUCCUUUGCAGAGAGUGAUUAAAGUCGGCAAUAUCUUCAGAAGAUCCUACAGCGAUGAUGAUAGCAUAAACAAAGAGCAGAGUCCUUUUUCGAAAGAACGGUUGGAGACAGAAUAAUCACAGAGAGUAUAAGAAAGAGUAAGAAAAUGGAUUUUUUAUUACACGCGCCAAUGAUCGUAAUACACAUGAAAAUAAAUGUUAAAAUAAGAAAUUCAAUAAGGCUGUAUCACUUUGUAUAAUUGGUCGAUCCUUGAAAUUAAUUAGUCUCUUAUCUGCUGCCGUUUAAUUCGUCAUUUGAUACGUAGUAACAAAAAUGUGCUAUAAUAGGAGCACUUUUAUCAUCGCGACAAGAUUUUUUUACAUUACGUCGCAAAAUUAUUGUCCUCCAUCCGUACUGCCAAAAGGACUACGCUGUUCACGAGAGAAAAUUAAUUUUGUAUUCGAUGCCCACAGGAAUGUUUUCAUUUCUCGCGGGUGCACCUAAGCCGCACCCCUCCACUAGUAAGAAAGAGAGAGAGAAAGAGAGCAAAUUAGUAUUAUUGUAGAUCUAAGAUAACAUUUUAUAUUAACGCUAAGAUACAUUUUGUAGUGGAUAGUGUCUUUAGUGCAUAAGGAUAGAUCGCGUGAUUCUGUGUAGACGCUUUGAAAGGAAAGAAGGGAGAGAGAGAGAGAGAGAGAAAGAAACAGGAAUACUUUAGAAGAGAAGACAGAAUACAGAGGGAAGCAAAAACAUUUUAUUUAGUGAAGUUAAGAAACAAGUUAGAUCAUGAAUCAUUUAAUUAGUACUCAAAGAAAAAAAUAACUAGAUAUUUCACGCGGAUUACAUGAUCUACGAACAUAUCUAGAGAGAGAUUAGAAUCUUACGACAGAGGGAAAGAAAAAAGUGCGAAAAAAAGAAAUCAAUAGCGUAAUGAUUAAUUUCUCCUGGAUAUUGUCAUACGUAGCUGCAGCUGACAAUUACAAUCGACCGUGAGAGCCGCGACGACGAGAAAUCCGUCUCUAGCGGAAGUUCUAAGAAAACCAUCUUCGGCGUUUAUACACAUAUGUUGAUUCUGUAUAUACAUAUAUAUAAAUAUAUUAUAUGUAUAGAGGUAUACACACACAUACACAAAGCGAAGAAUUGCGUAUACAUGAAACAUUACAUACAAUCGUAACACGCAUACAUUAUUAUGGGGUAGCAGGCAGAAUCGAAUAAAAUGGAAUAUGAUCUGCU